UCACUCAUUUUCCCAAGUCUAGUUCCCCUCUCUAUAAGCCCCACACAAACGGUGCCUUUGAUCCUAUCGAACAUCAGAUCAGUACUCCCCUCCUGCUCUCCACUUCUCUCCCACUCUCUCUCUAAAAUCAAUUGUGUGUGAUAACAUGGUUCGUUGCAAUUGUGGGACAUGGAUUCUGAUUUUUCUGGUGAUAUCUCCAACCAUCUUCCACAAAUCUAUGUCAGAACUCGAUCCUCGUUGGGUAGCUAAGAAGAGACGCAUGAGUCACAAAGUUCGCAAGAUGUUUUACCAUGCUUAUGACAACUAUAUGACUUAUGCUUUUCCGCAUGAUGAACUAAAGCCUCUAGCCAAAACAUUCACCGACUCCCUUGUUGAGCUGGGAAAUUUGAAGCUCGAACAUUUGCCACAAGAGUAUCAUGGAUCUGCCCUCACACUUGUAGAAUCGCUAUCCAGCCUUGUUAUCAUGGGGAACAACACAGAAUUUGAAAGGGCUGUUCUUUGGCUUUCUGAAAAUUUAACUUUUGAUGUUGAUGCGAGGAUAAAUCUUUUUGAGUGCAACAUAAGAGUUCUUGGAGGACUUGUUUCUGCUCAUAUUCUUGCAACUGAUUCUACAAAUAGGUUGGUCCAAAGAAAUUAUAAGAAUCAACUUCUUAUCCUGGCUGAAGAUUUAGGGCGGCGCUUUCUACCUGCUUUUGAUACCCCCACUGGAUUGCCAUAUGCAUGGAUUAACUUGAAGUAUGGUGUGAUGGAGAAUGAGACAACCGAAACAAGCACAUCCGGGUGUGGUUCACUGAUUCUUGAAAUGGGAGCAUUAUCGCGAUUAGCUGGUGACCCCAGCUUUGAAUCUGCAGCCUUGCGUGCUCUUCGCAAAUUGUGGAGUAUGAGGAGUUCUUUGAAUCUUCUAGGAACUACUUUGGAUGUAGAAACUGGAGAAUGGAUAGAGUACUCAUCUGGGAUUGGAGCUGGGGUUGAUUCAUUCUAUGAGUAUCUAAUGAAAGCUCACAUUCUUUUUGGAAGGGAUGAAUUUUGGAGAAUGUUUCAGCCCGCUUAUCUUGCAGUGCAAAAAUAUUUUAGACAUGGCGCAUGGUACCAUGAGGCUGAUAUGAGGACAGGAAAAGCAACUUAUUGGCAACUAACAAGCCUUCAAGCAUUUUGGCCUGGUCUACAGGUACUUGUUGGGGAUAUUACGGCUGCUAAUUCAUCACACCGUGAGUUCUUUUCUGUAUGGGAGAGGUUUGGAGUAUUACCAGAAAGAUGUUGCACCCUACAGAAAAAUAUUAUCCUUUACGCCCUGAAUUGGCGGAGUCCACAUUUUAUCUCUAUCACGCAACCAAAGGAUGGCAAUGGGUCGGGGGUUUCGGGUUUCGCUUGUGAAUUCUUGAUUUUAAACUCAAUUAUUUUAGCGAUACUAUUUUAUCCAUGGUUCCUAGAAGUGGGUGAAACAAUUGUAGAUUCUCUCAAUUUAUACACCAAAGUCGAAAGCGGGUUUGCAAGCAUUAGAGAUGUCACUACUAUGCAAUGGGAAGAUCAUCAGCAUAGCUUUUUCCUUGCUGAAACGUGCAAGUAUCUGUAUCUUCUCUUUGAUGAUUCAUUUUUGGUUGGUCGGAAUUAUAUUUUCACAACUGAGGGUCAUCCUCUUCCAGUAGUGAGUGCUUGGCACGAGAGGCUCCCAGAGACUUACAUCCCAAGCAACUGGACUUCUGUCAAGAGUAAACAGAAAGCGAAACGAGCAAGUGCAAUGUCUUUGCAAGUCUGUCCAGCAACUACAUUGAAAUCUGGGCAUGGAGGUCAUCAGGUUGAGAGCGCUUGCCACAUCCUUGACGUUCGCAAUGACCACAGGUGUUUGUCUGAUGAGGAUUGCGGAGUUGAAGCAAGCACUUGUAGGCAAAGAUCGUGCAGCAUUGCUGGCUACUGCGGCCGAUGGUCAUUACAAUGAAACCCAUGUAAAAUUCCAAAUUCAUUUUGCAGUAUAUGCGGAUUCCAAGGUUUGAUGGCACACAAUGGCUAUCUGUCUCACAGGUACGUUUAAUCCAACACAAUUAUCUGUUGCAAAAAUCCUGUAAUUUUAAUACAAAUUUUGUACUCAAAUGUGGUUCUACACAUAGGAAAGAGUUUUUAUUUAUUUAUCUUUUUUGUUGUUGGACUUUUAUGUACUAUUUGACCAUCGGAUUAGCAGUGUUUAAAAAAUCAGUGGAACCGAUAAACCGAUCUGAUCUGAUCCAAACUGUAUGUUUUGAUUCGUGUUUUGUAGAGGACAUUUAGGUCCCGGUUCCCAAUAAUUAGGAACUAUUGAAUCUUACUAGCAAAAAAUUAAGAAUGCUUGUGAUUUUUUUGGAA